CAUAUAAAUAGGAGAACAUAGUUUACAAGAGACACACAAAAAAUUUCCAAGAAUUGGCCAUUUAUGAGAGCUAUUUUUAAACAAUUUUUACUGAAUUAUUUCCCAUUUGUUAGAGCCAAAACACUAUCAAAAAAGUCAAUUUUUAUCAGAAAUAUCAUGUCUGAAUCAAAUCAAUAUGAUUCUUGUUUUGAUAGACCAAGAUUGGUAAUUAAGAAAGUUUUGGCUAAGCCUCAAAGUGAAGGGAAUGGAGCUGUUGUUAGAAGAAGCAUUGGAAGGCCUGAAUUGAGGAAUCUUGAUCCAUUCCUCAUGUUGGAUGAAUUUUCAGUUUCUGCUCCUGCUGGAUUUCCUGACCAUCCACACAGAGGUUUUGAGACAGUAACUUACAUGCUAGAGGGAGCUUUUACUCAUCAAGAUUUUGCUGGUCACAAGGGUACAAUCAAUACUGGUGAUGUGCAGUGGAUGACAGCAGGAAGAGGAAUAAUUCACUCAGAAAUGCCUGCAGGAGAAGGCAGUCAAAAGGGGUUGCAACUUUGGAUAAAUCUUUCUUCUAAGGAUAAAAUGAUUGAGCCAAGGUAUCAAGAACUGCUGAAUGAAGACAUACCAAGAGCAGAAAAUGAAGGAGUUGAAGUAAAAAUCAUAGCAGGUGAAGCAAUGGGUGUUCAAUCUCCAGUUUAUACGCGAACGCCUACAAUGUACCUCGAUUUCACCCUACAACCAACAUCUUAUUAUCAUCAAGCCACUCCUGAGUCUUGGAACGCGUUCGUGUACAUAGUUGAAGGAGAAGGCAUAUUCGGAAUUCCAAAUUCAGGUCCUGUAUCAGCUCACCAUUGUUUGGUUUUAGGCCCUGGAGAAGGACUUAGUGUGUGGAAUAAAUCUUCAAAGCCAUUAAGAUUUGUUUUAUUAGGUGGACAACCUAUUAAUGAACCUGUAGUUCAACAUGGUCCUUUUGUGAUGAAUUCACAAGCUGAAAUUGAUCAAACUUUUGAAGAUUAUCAGUAUUGCAAGAAUGGUUUUGAGAAUGCUAGAUACUGGAGGUCAGGGCACUGAAGAAAUCAACAACAACAAAAAUCUCACUAUAGUUCCACAAGCGGGGUCUGCGAAGGGUAGUGUGUACGCAGACCUUACCCCUAUCUAAAGGCAGGGCACUGGAGCUGAAAUGAUAAUUAGUAGUCUAUAAGCCACAAAAUGCACCUUUUAUGUUUCUUUUUUCUUUUCAUAAGUAUCUCUGCUAAAAAAAUAAUGGUUCAGCUUAUCUUGAUUUUUUUAUUUGAAAAUUGUGUAAGUUAAUGUUAUUCUAUUCUUAUUUCAAUGUUGAUAGGUCAUUGUCAAAAA